GCAUUUGUGAGGCUAAGGAAGGUGAUUUCAUUAUUGUCAAAGACUUGUUUGUACCCCUAAUCCUGGUUAACCCACUUGUAAUAAGUGCAUUUAUUGAGCACCAGGAAAAUCUUAAAGAGAAAGUUAAAUACCAACUUGUCUCAAGGCCUGCAAGAAGAACUUUCUGAUUCUAGAUAGGGUUAUGGGGGAAGGAUCAUUCCUUAUAGAUGACUUUCAUUGUCUUAUAUAACAUAUAAGGGAGGGCUUCCUGCCCCCAUCGAUUUCAUUGCUGUUUCUGAGGAAGAUCGAGACAAGACUACAAGUCUAGACUAUGGCUUAGUGGACUUUUGGUUUCAUAAUAAUAAGGAAUCUUUCCAAGCACAUAUUUGGCAAGAUGUAUGGUUUCGGUCCUUCAUUUUAAUAACCUGGAUUUAGAUUGGAAAUAUCAUCGGAAUAUCUAAAAUGUGCAUGGGUUCACCCAAGAUAUUUGCCACUCAUGGAGAAUACCCAAGUAGGGUCCAAAUGAAAAAGGAAUUCCUUUUGGAUACUGAGGUCUUCCAGUUGUUCCGGUUUGUAGAUGUCUUUAUGAGCUUUGUACUGCCAAACCUCCUAAUUAAGCUCCAAAGGCUACAAAUAGAAUACUAGAUCUCGAAGAACCAAACUUGAAAGUCACCCAACAUACAAUACUUACAUACUUACUCUGGGUGGGUGCAAGUAGGCUGUUGCAUGUUGUUGUCAUUGGUGUUACCCAUAAUAAUAAUCAUAAUAACUAGCAUUUUAAUAGUGCUUUAAGGUUUGCAAAGAACUUUACAAAGAGGAUGUCAUUUUUCAAUCUUGAGGGAUAGGUGCUAUCAUUAUCCCUGUUCCACAGAAAGGAAAUCAAAUCAAACAAAGAUUAAAUUUUGAAUUCAUCCUUUUGAUUCAUUCUAGCUCUCUAUCCACUGUAGAAGCCCCUACAGAUGAUACGCUGCCACUUAAUGUUAAGAAACUUAAACAAAAACCUCCACUUAUGGGAGGAUAGUAUCUAAAUUGUUACUCAGAAUAACUUAAUAUGGCUUUAGAUUUAAUCUAAAGGUACAGAAUGUGUUUGUGGCUUGCACAGUUCUGUAAUCUUCACUUUAAACCUGAGGAUUCUAUGCUGAGAUCUAGAUUCUGUUUUAGAUUGGGUCCCCACUGGAAUUGUAGGUGGCAGAAAUCUCCCACAUUGUACUUUUUGUAUUGCUCAGAAUCCUAAUUAUCAGUGCAUACUUUGAAAGAGAUCAAUUUUAUUUCCUUUCCCUGUUAAUAUGGGAAGGAAUAGCUUUUCAUUUGAAUAUCCAUGUGGAACUCCUCUCAUUAAACAUGUGGAUGUUAUAAUUCUCGAAUAAUGAGAAUAACUUGAAUUUGUGAGAAUUCUUGACCAUAGAUAACAGCAAUCAAAGCAGAAUACUUGAUUUAAUUAAACUUUUUUUUUUAAAGUGAUGGGGAUUAGGACUAUGAUUUCAUGUUUAUGUAAAACUCUGUCCAUGUAUAUAAAUUAGCCAGAAUUCUAUGGCAUAGGAAAGUUACCUCUUCCCUGCCAUUCCCAGUUAGUAUGCAUCAGACACAGAAUUUGAUUGAACCUCUCUCAUCUUGACCCCAGCCCAGUCCUGUGAACACUGUCACAUUACUUCUGUAUUAUGUCAUGAUGAUAAUCAUUAUUAUGACUAAAUAAGUAUAAUACAUAUCAUAUCAACGCAUCAGAGAGCUGCAGAACAAAGUGUUAUGUGAUGUCAGGAAAGGACCUGAGCAAAGCAUGAAUUUGGAUAGGCUUUCCAGAGGAGACAGCAUUUCAACUGGACUACAAAUGAUGGAUGGAAGGGAUUUAACAUGCGAUUUGGGAGAGAGAGAACCAGUACCUUUAGUCACCUAAAGUUUAGGGGCAGUUAACACAUCAAAUGGACAAUGCCCAAGGAGGGGGAAAAAGAGGAAGGGAGGUCACCAAGAGAAGAGAGAGAUGUACACCAUAUUGAGGAAAGAAUGAGAUCAUGAGCACAUGAAACUGAUGACAAGCAGGAGCUCCACCAGCAGAACUCAGAAGGAAGAGGUAUUCAGAACAAAGAGAGCUGACACCAUCCCAGAAGGGAAAAAAAAAUGAACAACUGGUGGUGAAAUGAGUCCAAGCAAGAGAGUACACUUUGCACCACAAAGAAAAAGGUGCUGAAGGUUUAUCAAGAACUCCUUUGUCAAUGAAGGGAAAAACUGAUUGGGAUAUUGACAAACAGAGGUUGUAAUACUCUUCACCAUGCGUAAAGGGGUGCCAAAGGACCCAGAGAUAGCAGACCUGUUCUAUAAGGAGGAUCCUGAAGACAUUUUUGUUGGUUUACAUGAAAUUGGACAUGGAAGCUUUGGGGCUGUUUAUUUUGCCACAAAUUCCCACACCAAUGAAGUGGUGGCAAUUAAGAAAAUGUCUUACACUGGAAAACAAACCAAUGAGAAAUGGCAGGAUAUUCUUAAGGAAGUCAAAUUUUUACGUCAGUUGAAGCACCCCAAUACCAUUGAAUAUAAAGGCUGCUACUUGAAAGAACAUACUGCCUGGUUGGUGAUGGAAUACUGUUUAGGAUCAGCUUCUGACUUACUAGAAGUCCAUAAGAAACCGCUUCAAGAAGUAGAGAUUGCUGCCAUCGCCCAUGGUGCCUUGCAGGGCCUGGCCUACCUGCAUUCUCAUCUGUUGAUUCAUAGGGAUAUUAAAGCUGGAAACAUUCUCCUAACAGAGCCAGGUCAGGUGAAGCUGGCUGAUUUUGGGUCUGCCUCGAUAGCAUCUCCUGCCAACUCCUUUGUGGGGACACCUUACUGGAUGGCUCCAGAGGUCAUCCUCGCUAUGGAUGAAGGACAGUAUGAUGGGAAGGUGGACGUCUGGUCUCUCGGAAUUACGUGCAUUGAGUUAGCGGAACGGAAGCCCCCCCUUUUCAACAUGAAUGCAAUGAGUGCCUUAUAUCACAUAGCCCAGAAUGACUCCCCGAUGUUACAGUCAAAUGAAUGGACAGACUCCUUUAGGGGAUUUGUUGAUUACUGCUUACAGAAAAUACCUCAGGAAAGGCCAACAUCAGUGGACCUAUUGCAGCAUGACUUUGUUCGGCGAGAUCGGCCACUGCGGGUCCUAAUUGACCUCAUACAGAGGACGAAAGAUGCUGUUCGUGAGCUGGACAAUUUACAGUAUCGGAAAAUGAAGAAAAUCCUGUUCCAAGAGACCCGGAACGGACCCUUGAAUGAGUCACAGGAGGAUGAAGAAGAGAGUGAACAUGGAACAAGCCUGAGCAUAAACAUGGACAGCCUGGGCAGCAAUCACUCCAUCCCGAGCGUGUCUGUGAGCACGGGCAGUCAGAGCAGCAGUGUUAACAGCAUGCAGGAGGUGCUGGAGGACAGCGGCUCCGACCUGCUCACGCCUCUUGAAGACGACAGCUCCAUUAGUUUCACCCCCUCUGUGCCGCACAAGAAGGAUCAUGUAUUCAUAAGGGAUGAGGUGGGCCACAGGGAUUCCAGGCCUGAUCUGCGGCCUACCCAGUCAGUCCAGAGUCAGGCCCUCCACUACCGGAACCGAGAGCGCUUUGCCACUAUCAAAUCAGCAUCUUUGGUUACACGGCAGAUCCAUGAGCAUGAGCAGGAGAACGAGUUGCGGGAACAGAUGUCAGGAUAUAAGCGGAUGCGGCGCCAGCACCAGAAGCAGCUGAUUGCCCUGGAGAACAAGCUGAAGGCUGAGAUGGACGAGCACCGCCUCAAGCUGCAGAAGGAGGUGGAGACGCACGCCAACAACGCGUCCAUCGAGCUGGAGAAGCUGGCCAAGAAGCAAGUGGCCAUCAUAGAGAAGGAGGCAAAGGCGGCUGCAGCAGAUGAAAGGAAGUUCCAGCAACAGAUCUUGGCUCAGCAGAAGAAAGACUUGACAACUUUCUUAGAAAGUCAGAAGAAGCAAUAUAAGCUUUGCAAGGAAAAAAUAAAGGAGGAGAUGAACGAGGACCACAGCACACCCAAGAAAGAGAAGCAAGAGCGUAUAUCGAAGCAUAAGGAGAAUCUUCAGCACAGCCAGGCCGAAGAGGAAGCCCACCUCCUCACCCAGCAGAGACUGUACUAUGAUAAGCACUGCCGUUCCUUCAAACGGAAAGCCAUGCUCAAAAGGCACGAGAUGGAGCAGCAGAACAUCCGGGAGGAGCUCAAUAAGAAGAGGACGCAGAAGGAGAUGGAGCACGCCAUGCUGAUCCGGCACGACGAGUCGACGCGGGAGCUGGAGUACAGGCAGCUGCACACGCUGCAGAAGCUCCGCAUGGACCUGAUCCGCCUGCAGCACCAGACCGAGCUGGAGAACCAGCUGGAGUACAACAAGAGGCGCGAGCGGGAGCUGCACCGGAAACACGUCAUGGAGCUUCGGCAGCAGCCCAAGAACCUCAAGGCCAUGGAGAUGCAGAUCAAGAAGCAGUUUCAGGACACUUGCAAAGUCCAGACCAAACAGUAUAAAGCACUCAAGAAUCACCAGUUGGAAGUUACUCCAAAGAAUGAGCACAAAACAAUCUUGAAGACACUGAAAGAUGAGCAGACAAGGAAACUGGCCAUUUUGGCAGAACAGUAUGAGCAGAGUAUUAAUGAAAUGAUGGCCUCUCAAGCGCUGAGGCUGGACGAGGCCCAGGAAGCCGAGUGCCAGGCCCUAAGGCUGCAGCUACAGCAGGAGAUGGAGCUGCUCAACGCCUACCAGAGCAAAAUCAAGAUGCAGACGGAGGCCCAGCACGAGCGCGAGCUCCAGAAGCUGGAGCAGAGAGUGUCUCUCCGGAGGGCACAUCUUGAGCAAAAGAUUGAAGAGGAGCUGGCCGCCCUUCAGAAGGAACGCAGCGAGAGGAUCAAGUUUCUAUUGGAAAGACAAGAGCGUGAGAUUGAAACUUUUGACAUGGAGAGCCUUCGAAUGGGAUUUGGGAAUUUGGUUACAUUAGAUUACCCUAAGGAGGACUAUAGAUGAGAUUAAAUUUUUUUGCCAUUUACAAAAAAAAAAAAAAAACAAAAAACAAAAAAAACGAAAAAAGAAAAUUAAAAUCCUGCAAAACCACAUUCCCCAUUGGAACGGGCGUCGCUCUCGCUCUCUCUCUCUCUUACUCUUACUGACAUUGUGUCGGACUAGUGCCUGUACAUUCUUACUCCAUCAGGGGCCCCUUCCUCCCCCGUGUCAAGUUUCAGUGCUGGCCACCCCCCGGGCCACUCUUUUAUCCAUAGUACGUCACAGUAUUGAUGUGAUUAUAAAAUGUUUCAGUGAAAACUUUGGAGACAGUUUUAACAAAACCAACUGACCAACAAAUAAUUUUUUUAAAGUGGAUGUAUGUUUCUUUAAAGCAAUCACUCAUUACCACCAACCUAUGAAAGUCAAGCAAAAAAAUAUAUAUAUACAUAUACGUAAAUAUAUAUGUAUAUAUAUAUAUAUAUAAAAUGAUGAAAAAAAAAUUCUAAAUGCCAAGGGGGAGAGAGACACAAUAUCCGCAGCCUUACACCUUAAAUAGCUGCUGCAUUCUUCUUUCUUUCCUUUUCUUUCUUUUCUUUUACUUUUUCUUUUUUUUUUUUUUCGGGUAUUUAUUCAUCAGGAAUUUAAAAAACAAAGUUUUAUUAAAGAUUGAGAAAUUUGAUACAUUUUACAGAAUCUAAUUGUGAUGUACAUAUCAGUGGUGACAUAUUAAUUACUUUUUUGGGGAUUGGGGUUGGGAGGGGGGGGUGGGCAGGGGGCGGGGCAGAGAUAUUGUGAUUUUUAAGAACCUGCUGGCAAGGGUUUCGCUUGCCUUCAGCAUAUUCUGAUUGUAUCAUAAUCAUUUUCUGCUGUUGCAGAGAAUGUGAAUACAUUUAAAAAGCUCACAGAUUCCCAGUAGCACAAAUUGGGCUUAAGCAAAUCGUGUAUUUUGUGUAUAGAAGGAAUUUAAGGAGAGGUAUGACUUAUUUUCAUAUUGUAUUUUAACUGUUUCUCUGAUCAAAAUUUUUUUACUUCCUCCUCCUCGUCCUCUUCCUCCCCCCCCCCACCCUUUUCCACUUCAAUAUUUGGAAUCCAACACUGUCUCUCAAACAAAUGACCUUGAUCUUUUUUUCUUUCUAUCUCCUUCCCCCGCCUCCCAUUACCCCCCAAUCCCAUCUCUCGGUCAUAAAUAUUACAUUAUUCACACUUUCAAACUGUGUAUUUUCUUACAAUAAAAAACGGUUUAAAAGAAAUGCUUUACUUCUUUUGCAUGCACUUUAAAAAACAAACAAAAAAACCCUUUUCAGGUUCCAAGGAAGAGCAUGAUAACUGUCAGAGCUUUUAAUUAUAUUUGUAAAUAAAAGUGUUCAUCACAA